AUGCUUCAAGAGUUAAAACCUCUACUAGAAAAUUACAAUAAUGAUAGAUGGUGCAAGUUUGUAAUAAUAUCAGCAAAUACUACUGAUCGUGCAUUUUGCUCUGGUGGGGAUAUCAAACAGUUUGCAUCAUAUCACGAUAAACCUGGUGGAGUAAAUCCAUUCAUUAAAAACGAAUAUAAAAUUGAUUACUUGAUUCAUACAUUUUCUAAACCAAUCAUAUCAUUUGUAAAUGGUAUAGUUAUGGGUGGUGGUGUAGGUUUAAGUAUUCAUUGUCAAUUUAGAAUUAUAAGUGAAAAAGUUUUAUGGGCAAUGCCUGAAAAUCAAAUUGGAUACUUCCCAGAUGUUGGUUCAAAUUACUUUUUAUCUAGAUUAGGAUCAAUGGGAUUGUAUAUUGGUAUAACAGGUGCAAAAUUAAAAGCUAAAGAUUUAAUAUAUUCAAAAAUUGCAACUCAUUUCAUACCCAGUGUAGAGUUUGACAGAGUUAUUGAUGAACUAGUUAACGAUUAUAGUAUUGAAAACGAAAGACAGAUUAAUUUUAUUUUAAAUAAAUAUCGAAAAACAAUACCAAUAGAUGACGAAUGCACAUUAUUAAAAAAUAAAGAUUCAAUAGAUGCAUGUUUUUCAAAAAGUGUAGUAUCAUUACAAGAUAUAUUGGAAAGAUUAGAGGAUGAAAAGAAGUUUAAUUUAGAAUGGUCCAAUAAAACAAUCGAAAUUAUAAAUAACAAUUGUCCCAUGUCAACAGCAGUUUGUUUUAAAGCAAUUCAACAAGCCACUCAAAUGUCAAUAGAAGAUAUUUUCACAAUGGAGAUUAGAAUUGGAACUAGGCUAGGUGUAAGAAAUGAUAUAGUCGAAGGUGUUAAGCGUUCAGUCAUAGAUCGAACACAUAAAGCAAAGUUUUCACCAGCCACUAUCAACGAUAUAGAUCCAGACCAAGUUGAUAAAAUUUUUUCACCCUUAAAUAACCCAAAUGAUGAGUUUGAUAUUAAUUUCUAA